AUGCUCCCUCCCCCAGUGAAUCAGCUUAUCUUCUGUUUCCUGGAGAAGGAAAGUGCUGAUGAUCACUGCACUGAAACAGCACAGCAGCGCUGCUACGGGAUCAGUGGAGCUCAGAUCUGUGAGCCUCAGCGACGCUGGAGUGUAUGCAUUUCAGGGCCUAUCGAGCUAUCAGGAAAUGCAGAACACAUCAAUGGAAAAGUUACCUUGAAAGUUUAUGAACCUGUCUCCCAACCCACAGUCCGCUCCAAUGUGACUGAUCCAGUGGAGUUCAAUGACACUGUCAGUUUGACCUGUACAGCCUCUGGCUCUGCCGUCUCCUACCGAUGGUUCAUUGGCAGCUCUGUGGUUAGUGACAGUGAGCGGAUUCACCUGAGUGAUGACAAUAAAACACUGACCAUACCCAGGGUGUUGAGAUCUGAUGAUGGGACCCUGUAUUGCUAUGCGUUUAACCCUGUCAGUAACAGCACCAGUGAGCCGUUUCAUCUCAUCGUGAGCUAUGGACCAGAAUCCCUCACUCUGUCUAUCAGCCCCCAAAAGCCGAUCUAUAGUGCAGGAUCAGACCUCACUCUGUCCUGCUCUGCACAGUCCAGCCCACCUGCUCACUACCAAUGGUUCUUCAAUGGAGCCCCUCUUAACAAACUGGGCUCACAGCUGAAUAUGGCUCACAUUCAACACAAUCAGACUGGAAACUAUACCUGCUGGGUUUAUAACAAUGUAACCCUCAGAUACGCUCAGGAAACAAGAGCGAUUAUUGUUGUGGGUAAGUGACUUGAGUCAUGAAAC